CUCUCUAUCUAUCUGCCUUUUAACGUUUCUUGAAAACUAUAAGAAAAAGCAGAGACUUCGGAUUCCUUUUUCUUUUCUAAGAAGAGAUAAGAGAGAGGGAGGUUCGUUUUGCAUCCCUGAGAUCGGCGGCGGAGUUAUACGACGGUGGAAUCAUGCAAACGUAGUCACCGAAGAAAAAAAACCGUAUUUCUUCCGGAGACGAAGACGCAGCGAUGAUUGUCUCUGUUUCUUCGCUCUCUCUCUCCCAUCUGGUCUCUCUGAUCCGGUGAAGAAGAAUAAGAAGAAGAAGCUCCCCGCCGAUCGAAUCUUGCAGCUCUUUUCUCAAAACAGAGAUCUCUUUUCAAUCAUUUCUUCGUUUGAUCCGUCGAUAUCAUCGAGUUUUUGGUAUGCUGUAAAAGAGAGAUGUCCUUUAAAAGCAUCCUCCGUGAUCUGAAAGAAGUGAGGGAUGGACUUGGAGGGAUCUCUAAGCGAACCUGGUCAAAGUCUUCUCACAUUGCUCCUGAUCAUACGGUGACACCACUGGAGAACAUCCCUCAGAGCCCCUGGGCUUCUUUGCCUCCUGAGUUGCUCCAUGAGAUUAUCAGGAGGGUUGAAGAGAGUGAGACCGCUUGGCCCGCCCGAGCAGCUGUUGUCUCUUGCGCUUCUGUCUGUAAAUCAUGGAGAGGAAUCACAAUGGAGAUUGUCAGAAUCCCUGAGCAGUGUGGGAAGCUCACUUUCCCUAUCUCAUUGAAACAGCCGGGUCCGCGAGACCUUCCUAUUCAAUGCUUUAUUAAGAGGAACAGAGCAACAGCGACAUAUCUUCUCUACUAUGGCUUGAUGCCUUCUGAGACGGAGAACGACAAGCUGUUGUUAGCAGCAAGAAGGGUUAGAAGAGCGACAUGCACUGACUUUGUAAUCUCACUUUCUGCCAAAAACUUCUCACGGAGAAGCAGCACUUAUGUUGGCAAGCUGAGGUCUGGUUUUCUAGGAACCAAGUUCACAAUAUAUGAUAACCAAACAGGAUCAACCACUGCACAAGCCCAACAACCUAAGCAAGCAUCCCCUAAGUUACCUGCUACUAGCUAUACCUCAGGAACCAUAACCUACGAGCUCAAUGUUCUUCGCACAAGGGGACCUAGAAGAAUGCAUUGCGUUAUGGACUCUAUACCACUCUCUUCUGUUAUCGCUGAGCCAUCAGUAGUUAAAGAAGAAGCAUCCUCCUCGCCAAGCUCAACAGAGAAAGAGAAUAUCUCUCCAAGCUUGUUGGAUCAGCCGCUGGUUCUCAAAAACAAAUCCCCAAGAUGGCACGAGCAGUUGCAGUGCUGGUGCCUCAACUUCAAAGGGAGAGUGACUGUUGCUUCGGUUAAGAACUUCCAGCUUGUGGCGGACAUUGACCCUUCUUUAGAUGCGCUGCCUGAAGAACAUGAGAGAGUGAUCUUACAGUUUGGCAAAAUCGGAAAGGACAUUUUCACCAUGGAUUAUCGUUAUCCUCUCUCUGCUUUUCAAGCUUUUGCUAUAUGCAUCAGCAGCUUUGACACCAAACCAGCUUGCGAAGGGUAAAAAGAGCAAAAAUCAUCAUAGAAGGUUUCAGAGUUCCGACAUAUCAAAGCCAGCCAUGAAAAUGCUUUUUGUAUUAUUAUGCUUUAAAACUGCCUCUCCUAAUUCACUGUGACGAAAACUUGAUGGAGCUCUUGGGUGGAUAAGCUUAAUGAAGUUAUGAUUGUUGUA